ACUCAAAAUGAAUCAACCGUUACUGAAGGAGGAAAGUAUGCAGGACGAAUCCUUUUGUGUUGAGGUUUCGAAAGAUAAUUGUGGCGAAACUACUACCGAACCAAUUGCGGAAACACCUUUUGUAGAUUUUUCUAUAGAAGAAAUAAAUCAAGUUGAAGUGCAAAAUUUCUCUAAUACCUACAACAGUACUGAAGAAUUGUUAAAAUUUCCUGCAAAAGAGCAUCGACGUAAAGAAUGUACUUGGUUGAAAAAAAGUGACACAAGCUUUUCAGACGCAUUGAGCGAUCAUAACUAUACAUCACAAGAAGAGCUAAAGUGUCGACAAUGCCUGGAUUGUGUUGAAAAUAUGCUUCAAAAUCUUAUUUUUCCAAAUAGAGCUGUAUCUGAGCCUGUUACAACAGACAUAUCGAAUUUCAUUGACACCACCAUACAAAAAAUAAAAACUUUUAAUUUAGAAUUGGAUGUAACGAGUGAAAAAAAAUGUACUGCAGAGUUAAAAGAGUACUGUUCAGAGCCCUUGGAAGUCGAGCUGAAUGACCAGUACCUUGAAAAAGGUACAAAUUAUGUGAAAAAAAAAAUUGUCCUUAAACCAAUUUUAAGAGCCACACUAAAUUUAGCAAAACAGUUAAUAAAUGAUUGUUAUGCGCACACUUCAAAAUCUGAAGACGAAUUUAAAGUGAUUUUAUUAAAAAAAAUAAAAAAACUUCACGAAAUUGCAACCAUUGGAAGUACGUCUUCAUGUCAAGCUCUAGAGAAGCCGUUCAAUGGAUCAAAGAUGACGAAACAUCAAAAAAACCAUAAAGCAAAAAUGAGACUACUUUUAGAUACAUCUAGUUCAUUGAGUUCGGACUCCGAAUUAAGCUCCGAAAGUAGCUCGGACGAUCUAAACGAAAAAUCUUCAAUUGAAUGUAGUUCCCGACUGUCGUCAAUAACUCACUGGAACCAUUCAAGUGAAAACAGGAAUUUGCUUUACGAUUAUAAUGACGGUGUUGAUCUUUCCAAAUAUAUAAAGCUGGAUGUAAAUAAUAAUUCAAAUUUGUGUGGGGGCGAUAAAAAAACUAUAACAAUUACGAAAUCAUAUGUAUCGGACAACGAUACUGACCAGGAAAUCGACAGACUGACAAAUUUGAGUGCGCUGAAUACCCGUCAUGGCCAUAAGACUUGCACCAAAUCAAAGCAAAAGAGUCACCAAAAUUUGUUUCAAAAGAGUAUGGAUAAAAAGGAUAAUGGCUCUGGAGAAGACAUGGACCAAUAUGAAAGUGAUACCAUAAUUGAAAACGAAGAUUGUAUUACCGAGGGACAGUUUCUUUCGCGUUAUAACGAACAAAUCAAGAUUCAACUGUUAAAUGAUUCAAGUAGUGAUUCAGGAUUGUCAAAUCAAAGUGACUACGAUAAUUCAAAGGAACUUUUGUCAGAAGAAAGUGAUAACAUAAAUAAUACUGUAGACAAGUUCUUGCGAGAUUUUAGCUCGGAUAAAAUAGAUCAAGUGGAAACGGACGAUGCUCUUGUUGCUGACAAAGAAAUUCAACUUGACUAUAAGCGGUCAGCGAAAAACGCAGACGUGUUUGUCAAAGAAGAUGAUCAAAAAAGGUCAAAAAAUACAUUAACAGAAUCGGGAAAGCACAAUAAACAUGAAGAAAUCGUUCUAAGCUCGGAAAGCGAUUUUUCGGAUGUUGAAGCUGAUCUUCAAAAAUCAAGAUUGAUAAAACCAAUGCUUCGAAUUGAUCAGCUUGCCAAUGAAACUAGAGCUGCACAAAAAACCGAAAGUGAACGUAUACGACGCCUUGAAAAGAAACAUUCGGAGCUUAGCAAAGCAAUUAAAAAGAAUUCUGAAAAUAUAAAUAAGUCAGAGCUAAUACUUGAUUACAUCGAAAGCACUAAUAAGUUUAUUAAAGUGCAUUGUGAUAUAGUUAAGCAAUUAAAGCCGCACCAAAUCGAUGGUAUUAAAUUUAUGUACGAUUCUUGUUAUGGCGGAGUGGAUCAAGCCAAAAAGAAUGCUGGCUCAGGAUGCAUUUUAGCUCACUGCAUGGGCCUGGGAAAGACUCUACAGCUCAUCGCUUUGCUUCACACCGUCAUAUCUUACAAGGAACUAAAUACAGCGAAGGUCUUGGUACUCUGUCCAAAAAGCACGGUCAUGAAUUGGGCUGACGAAUUUCAUUAUUGGCUGAGUCCUUUGAAUGUAAAAAGUCAUUUAAAGGUUUUCAUUUUCCCUGAUUCAUCGGAUAUUGCAGAAAAGCUACGGGUAUUGGAAGAAUGGUCAUUAUCGUCGACUAACAAAGCGGGCUGCUUAUUAGUGGGCUACGAGGCAUUCCGUUCUCUUGUCUUUUAUCACUCGUAUAAAUAUCGAGGGAACGUGACUUCUUCAAAAUUAGAAAAUGUUCGCGAAAAAGUUCAAAAAUACCUUUUAGAGCCGGGUGCCGAUUUAGUCGUUUGUGAUGAAGGACAUAUUAUUAAAAACAGCAAAUCUGCCAUAAGUCUUGCUGUAUCAAAAAUUAAAACGCCAAGACGAAUAAUAUUAACCGGAACGCCAAUACAAAAUAAUCUUAAAGAAUAUUAUAGCAUGGUAAACUUUAUAAAACCAUUGUACCUUGGAACUGAAAGGGAGUUUGCAAAUUUAUAUGCAAAUCCAAUAAAGAACGGCCAACACAAAGAUUCCAGUAAAAAGGAUAUUACAAUAAUGAAACAGCGAUCCUACGUGUUACACAAGAAAUUAUCAAAAUUUGUUCAGAGGAAAGAGGCAGAGUUGCUUAAAACGUUUUUGCCACAAAAAUUCGAGUAUGUUUUAUUUAUUCCGAUGACGUCGGUUCAGAAUAUACUUUAUGAACAUAUAUUGGAAGCAAUAGGAAACCGCGGCGACUGUCGAGGCAAAAGCCUGAUAACAGAUUAUACUGUUUUAAGAAAGAUAUGGACACAUCCUAAGGUAUUAGAGGACGCAUGGAAAAAUGCUACUAUCCAAAGAAGCAAAAAAGAAAUUAAAAAAAUCCCUUGUCCGAACUCCGAAGAAGAUCAACCAGAUGACAUCUAUGACAGUCAAACUGGUGUUAUGUCUGUAACUAAUGAUUGGUGGCGCAGGUAUCUGACAAAAUCAGAUCUGGAAUCUGUAAUUCCUAGUAAUAAACUCCGGAUAAUGUUUUCCAUUCUUCGAAUGUGCGAAGAGAAGGGCGAAAAAUGUUUAAUCUUUUCCGCUUUUGUGGCAGUACUCAAUGUUGUGGAAUACUUUUUCAAACGGAUUACGGAGUCUGAUCCCGAACUGUUUUACCUCGCCCAUGUACCAUCAAGUCAUAAACCCUCAGGAAAAUGGAUCAGUGGCCAGGACUAUUACAGACUGGAUGGCAGAACACCUAAAAACAUACGACAUGAAAUGAUCAAACGAUUCAACAGUGAAGUUAACAAACGUGCACGCGUUUUUUUAAUAUCUGCCAGGGCUGGAGGCCAAGGAAUAAAUCUAAUUGGAGCGAAUAGAGUUAUAAUUUUAGAUACCUCGUGGAAUCCCUCCAAUGAUCAACAAAAUAUAUUUCGAGUAUUUCGUCUGGGGCAAAAAAAAAAUUGCUAUAUAUAUCGUCUAAUUGCAAUGGGCACAAUGGAAGAAAAAGUUUACUCUCGAUCUGUUACAAAACAAGCUAUGAGUUUUCGAGUAGUAGAUGAACAACAAAUAGAUAGGCAUUAUAACAUGGAGGAAUUAGCAGAACUUUAUACGUUGACGAAACCAAAAAAAAGUGAAAGAACUAUGCCUGUGCUUCCUAAGGACACUAUACUGGCACACUUAUUAAGACAAUCGGAGCUUGUUUAUAAAUACCAUGAGCAUGACAGUCUCUUAGAAAAUAAAGUGGAGCAAGAAUUGAGUGAACAAGAAAAAGCGGAUGCUUGGGAAACUUACGAAAAAGAAUUAGAAGUCAAUCUAGAACAAAAGGAAGGAUUACAUGCUGAAACAGGUCAAAGCAGUAUUCCGACUUCAAGGCUGUCCUCGUACUUAGCUCCAAUUCCAAGUCUGGAUAUGCAAAAUUUAUUAAACUACAGUAUUCAGCCAACAACAUUUAUGCCACAACUUAAUUACAACAUGAAUCAAAAUUACUUGAACAACUUAAACUACUACCAAAAGUAUUCGCUACGAUAUCCAGACAUUAGUUCUUGCUUAAAUGAUAAUAGCUAUGUCUCCCCUUAUAAUCCAAUCAACCAAUCAAAUCAUAAUUUUCUUUCUGCGAGUGUACCCAGCGUGCCAAAUAGUUCCAGUUCAAUAGCUCCAAAUGAUAUAUUUCAGAGACAUUCUAAAAGUAUUGAGCAAUCGAAUCUAAAUACAAACAAGGUACUGUCGACGUUUGAACAAUACAAACAUUUUCUUGAAAGUCCUUUCUCUAGUCUCAUAAACUUUUCGAAUCAGAGUUAUGAUGCUUCAACUAAUAAAGCAAAGUUUACAGACGUUGGAGAUAAUGAAAUUUCAAGAAAGGAACGUUUAAAUGCAUUCGAUCCUCGAUAUACUCAAAGCGUAAGCGCUGCGAAUGAUUCAAUUAUUGCUAAAAAUAUAAAUACCGUUGAUCUUACACAUAUCACAGCAGAUGAAGAAAAAUCGGCAACAAUGGUGAUUAAAGAUCCUGUGUCAAACUCUUCAAAAAACAGUAAUCAACGAAAAAGAAAAGUCCCACCCUAUGCCGCUGUACAUAAAGACACGACAAACCUUGUAGUUAACCAGAAUUCUUCUUUAGAAAACAUAACCCGUAAGGGUUUGACCAAUUGUGGCAUGCAAAAUGUACCCCUAGCUAGCCCUCCGCAAACUAUUCGUAAUUCCAAGCAACCUUUUGCAAUGUCUACGAGUACUUCUGAUGCCGCUUCAAGCACUACACGCUAUGACCGCUCCAAUAUUGUACAGAAAAAUACGGUUAGUGAUUUGAAGUUGGUGUCAAGCGUCUCACUGAAUAAAAACGCAAAUUCUAAAAGUGGAGUGUUUAACAAAACUAUACAACAUUCAACGAAGUCAACAAUAGGAGAUCCAAAAGAUACCCCUUCGCUAAAUCAUCAAAAUAAAAUAAGGAAUAAGGUCCAUGAACCUUUUUCUCCUUUCAAAGACAACGUGGGACGAAAUGUUAGCAAUGAUAAUCUUGAAAUUGAUGUCUGCUCUAUCGGGACUCCACUUUCAACUAGGAAAAGGUCAGCAGGUACUCAAGACGAAGAUCUCAAUUUAAAAAAGAAUAAAUUAUAAUUAUGUGUAUCAUCGAUAUGUUCAAUCCGGCCUAACAGCAGACCCGCCAUGAAAUAGUAUAAGGCAAUAAAAGCAUUUUUUGUUGUUAAAAAAAUGCAUAGUACACAAAUAAUGCUAAUAGUUUAAAUAAAAAGGUCAACUUGAAUUGCAUGGCACCACUGAUUGCCUUGACGUGAGGAAGUGGUUUCCAAGUGCGAAGUGCAUAUACAAAAAACUGUCUCAUUGUGCAGGAGUCUUGUAUGCAUUUAAAAUAUUUCUGGUCUUUCCCGUGUGCUCAUGAUGGCUGAACGCCAGAGCCGAAGACCCUGAAAACCCAGUUGAAAGUUAAUUGAUUAGCGAUGGGUCCAGCUCCCAAUAUAAAUCGUAAUUGUUUAUUCCUUCUGAGAGCAUAUUGGAUUAUAUAUUUUCCUGGAUAAGCGGCGCGAGAAUUUAACCUUCACUGCUGUGGCGAUUUUCUCUCUUUAAACCGACCUCGUAUUGCCUCCUGCAUCGGCUUUACCUCAUCGGCUUUGACCGGCUCUAUUGGCCGAGUCCCUCUCUGUCCACAAACUGCUAUGUCGCGAUCCCCUCAUCUUACCAUCUUUGCAGGCCGCUCGCCGUCGGUACCUCCUCCGCGGGUGAUUCCGCCAUAGCUCCUCGUCCUCUCGAGAGCUCCGAGUCGACGGUCUGAUAAUCGACGGCGCAAUUGGUGGUUCCCGCCGACGAAAAAUAUUGUCAGCAACCCCCCAUUGAUACGUCGCCCAAUGAAACGCUGAGCUUCGGCAUCGAGACGCAGGACUUAAAUGCCCUACGCUUUGCCACAAGGCGUGUCGUAUUCGAUUUCCUCCUCGCCAGACGGAGUUCUAUCAAAGUAUCCCAGCCAGACAGAAUCGUAUCCCAUCAGGACAGAACAAGUCAUCGUCAUCCUUCGACCUGGACAUCGACUACAAGGACUUUGACAAUGGCAAGGGCAAGGGUAGGGCCACGCGGGCUACUAGACUCUAGAUAAAUUUUAAUGUUAUUAGGUUUAAGAUAGAUACAAAUGUUUUUCACGUGUUUAUUUAUUUAUACUCAGCUACGAUUUGAUGAAUACAACUAUUGAAAAAAUA